GGAGGAGGAGGAGGAGGGAGGCGAACCCUGCAGCAGCUGCCUGCAGCCCCUUUCUUCUGCCUCCUUUUGCAGCCCUCUUUCUCCCCAAGCCGCCCCCCCCCCCCAAGCGCCGGUGCCCUUCCUGGAGGCGAGGGGGGUGGGGGGUGGACUAUGUCUUCACUGGCACAGCCCGCUUCCAUUUGGGUGUUGCAGGAAAAGUCCCGUUUUUCCUCCCUCCCCUCCCAGCUGCGAGGAACCGUGGAUCCAACGGAAAUCCUUGCUUUCCCAUGCCGGAUACACCACUCGCAAACGCACUCUCUAGCUGCUGGCGGGUGGAAGAGGGGAUCCGAUGGUUGCAGUAGCAGCGGGAGGGGAGGGAGAAGAAGAACCCUUCGAUGUGGGGAGGAGGAAGAGGAGGAGGAGGAGGAAGACCAGCUUUUGCAUCCUGCGAACCAAGACGGAACCUGGUGACUCCCGGAUCCAGCGGCACUUUUUGACUGCAGAGAGAAGGAUGGUCGGUUGGCAAAGAAGGGGGACAGCUGGAAGGCCAGGAACGGAGGACAGAAAUCCUGCGACGACGCAUUCCUAAGGAAGCCUAAGGAAGCCUGCCUGCCUGCCAUCGCAUUGGAGCAAAGCCCACCAGUCCAGCCUUCUUCAGGAGCCUCUCUUCAGCCCCAGCCAUUUGCUCAUCCUUUGCUCUUGAGUAAGCAGUAUGCUUUAGUUCUUGGAUGCGUCUCUAGUGAAGUGCUGGGUCUUCCUGCCCCACCACAGCCAUGCCGCCACGACCCUCCUCCGGGGAGCUGUGGGGGCUCCACCUCAUGCCCCCACGGAUCAUGGUGGACUGUUGCCUCCCCAAUGGCAUGAUUGUCACUCUGGAAUGUCUGCGGGAAGCUACUCUUCUGGGCAUCAAACACGACCUUUUCAAGGAGGCCAGGAAAUACCCCCUUUUCCACCUCCUGCAGGAUGAAUCCUCCUACAUCUUUGUGGGGGUGACUCAGGAAGCGGAGAGGGAAGAAUUCUACGAUGAGUCACGGCGUCUGUGUGAUCUGCGCCUCUUCCAGCCUAUCCUUAAGGUCAUCGAGCCUGUGGGUAACCGAGAGGAGAAGAUCUUGAACCGAGAGAUUGGGUUUGCCAUUGGGAUGCCCAUCUGCGAAUUCGAACUUGUCAAGGACCCUGAGGUGCAAGAAUUCCGGAGAAAUAUUCUCUCCGUUUGCCGUGAGGCUGUGGAGACACGAGGGGCAGUUGGGCCCCAAAGUCAGGCUUUAUACGUCUAUCCCCCCAACGUGGAGUCCAGUCCGGAGCUGCCCAAACACGUCUACAGCAAACUGGACAAAGGUCGGAUCAUAGUGACCAUUUGGGUUAUUGUGUCUCCAAACAACGACAAACAGAAAUAUACCCUCAAGACUCCGCAUGAUGCGCUGCCGGAACAGGUGAUUGCCGAGGCCAUCCGAAAGAAGACCCGCAGCAUGCACCUGUCCCCGGAGCAGCUGCGCCUGUGUGUGCAGGAGUACCAGGGGAAGUACCUCCUGAAGGUGUGCGGCUGCGACGAGUAUUUACUUGAGAAAUAUCCGCUCAGCCAGUACAAGUACAUGAGGAACUGCAUUGCCAUUGGCCGCCUUCCCCACCUGAUGCUGAUGAGCAAGGAGAGCCUCUACGGCCAGCUGCCGGCCAACGUGUUUGUGCUGCCCUCCUACGCGCGCCGCUCCGCCCCUUCCUCGCACGUCAAUGGAGACGUCCCCUCCAAGUCACUGUGGUCCAUCAACAGCCUUCUGCGAAUCAAGAUCCUUUGCGCCACCUACGUCAAUGUCAACAUCCGCGAUAUCGAUAAGAUCUAUGUCCGGACGGGAAUCUUCCACGGUGGAGAGCCCCUUUGUGACAACGUGAACACCCAGCGCGUCCCCUGCUCAAACCCUCGGUGGAACGAGUGGCUGUCGUACGACAUCUAUCUCACUGACUUACCUCGAGCCGCCCGUCUCUGUGUUUCAAUAUGCUCAGUGAAAGGCCGGAAGGGGGCCAAGGAGGAGCACUGCCCCCUCGCCUGGGGCAACGUCAACCUCUUCGAUUACAAAGACACCCUGGUGGCUGGGAAGAUGGCGCUGAACCUGUGGCCCGUGCCCCACGGCCUGGAGGACCUGCUCAAUCCCAUCGGAGUGGGGGGCUCCAACCCUAAUAAGGAGACCCCUUGCCUGGAGCUGGAAUUCACCUGGUACAGCCACACUGUCAAAUUUGCUGACUCUGCUGAAAUAGAGGAGCACGCCAACUGGGCCAUGUCUCGGGAGCUGGGGCUCAACUACUGCAUGGUGGGAUUGAGUAACCGUUUGGCCCGGGACAGCUCUCUCGAUGAAAGCGAACUGGAGCAGCUCCGCAGUAUUUGCAACAGGGACCCCCUUUCGGAGAUCACUGAACAAGAGAAGGAUUUCCUGUGGAGGCACAGACACUACUGUGUAAACAUCCCAGAGACCCUCCCUAAACUACUGCUGUCUGUCAAGUGGAAUUCACGGGAUGAGGUGGCUCAGAUGUACUGCCUCCUCCGAGAGUGGCCACUCAUCAAGCCUGAGCUCUCCAUGGAACUCCUGGACUGCAACUUUCCUGACCCGGUCGUGAGAGAAUUUGCCCUGAAAUGCCUCGUGAAGGGCCUGACGGACGACAAGCUCUCUCAGUAUCUCAUCCAACUCGUUCAGGUUCUCAAGUACGAGCAGUAUUUGGACAACCCCCUGGCCCGAUUUCUGACCAUGAAGGCCCUGACAAACCAACGGAUCGGGCACUUCUAUUUCUGGCAUCUCAAGUCCGAGAUGCACAGCAAGCCCGUUUCUCAGCGCUUUGGGCUGAUGCUGGAGGCCUUUUGCCGUGGCUGCGGGAUGUACCUGAAGCACCUGAACCGGCAGGUGGAGGCCAUGGAGAAACUUAUAAACCUGACUGACAUCCUGAAGCAAGAGAAGAAGGAUGAGACGCAAAAGAUGCAGAUGAAGUUUCUGGUGGAGCAAAUGAGGAGACCGGAUUAUAUGGAGGCGCUUCAGGGCUUUAUCUGUCCCCUCAAUCCUGUGCACCAGCUAGGCAAUCUCCGGCUGGAUGAGUGCCGAAUCAUGUCCUCUGCCAAGCGGCCCUUGUGGUUGAACUGGGAGAACCCCGACAUCAUGUCUGAGCUGCUCUUCACAAACCACGAGAUCAUUUUCAAGAAUGGAGACGACCUCCGGCAAGAUAUGCUGACGCUGCAGAUCAUCCGGAUCAUGGAGAGCAUGUGGCAGAACCAGGGGCUGGACUUGCGGAUGCUGCCCUACGGGUGCCUGUCUAUCGGAGACUGCGUGGGCCUCAUCGAGGUGGUGAAGAGUUCCCACACCAUCAUGCAGAUCCAGUGCAAGGGAGGCCUGAAGGGAGCACUGCAGUUCAACAGCAACACUCUGCAUCACUGGCUGAAGGACAAGAACAAGGGCGAGGGUUACGAUGCAGCCAUUGACCUCUUCACCCGCUCCUGUGCCGGCUACUGUGUGGCCACCUUUAUUCUGGGCAUCGGGGACCGACACAACAGCAACAUCAUGGUCAAGGAUGAUGGACAGCUCUUCCACAUAGAUUUUGGGCACUUCCUGGACCACAAGAAGAAGAAGUUUGGCUACAAGCGGGAACGAGUCCCCUUUGUCCUCACCCAGGACUUCCUCAUCGUCAUCAGCAAAGGGGUGCAGGAGUGUACAAAGACCAAAGAGUUCGAGAGGUUCCAGGAGAUGUGCUACAAGGCUUACCUGACCAUCCGCCAACAUGCCAAUCUUCUGAUCAACCUUUUCUCCAUGAUGCUGGGCUCCGGAAUGCCGGAGCUCCAGUCUUUCGACGACGUGGCCUACCUGCGCAAGACCCUGGCACUGGACAAGUCUGAGCAGGAGGCCCUGGAGUACUUCACGAAGCAGAUGAACGAGGCCCACCACGGUGGGUGGACCACCAAAAUGGACUGGAUCUUCCACACCAUCCGCCACAUGCCCUUGAGCGAGGCAAGCCACGAUUGACAAGCACAGCCAGGGGAGGGAAUGUGCAGGUGCUCGGAGAGGCCAGGGGCCAGGACUGUCCACUCCCUGCCUCGGAUUCCUUAGGGGCCCUGAUCCCUCGUUCUCUUUUGGGACCAGCAGAGUGAUUUCAGGGAGCCUACUUUGCCUAAGGAAGGGGAACAGAGAGGCCCAGAGGUGAAGUUGGGUCAAGAAGGCGGCAGAGGAGAAAGCGGAAGCCAGGCAGCCAGGCUCCCCAGGUGCCUCUUAGAGACAGGUGAGAGAGCGGUGGUCAAAGACUCUCUCCCCUUCCCAUUUUUUUCUCCCACAGAAUCUGAAUUAUCUCUUUUUUCGUUUCUGGGUUAAAUAAGAGCGCCCUCCUCCCCCCACCCCCUGGGCAGCGUUAUACUUGAAACCCCCCCCCCCCCAUCUUUCCUCCUGCCGCCCCUUGUAAUUCUGUGGGAAGAUAGGGAGAAUGGACUGCUGAUGCUGGUGGGGCGAAGUCUGGGGACCCCCUUUUCCCCCGUCAGAGUGGACAACAAGGGAAAGAAACAAUACUUGAAAAUGUCCAGGAUUGGAAGGGGAAAAAAUAAUAAUUUUCUUCUUUUUUUUUUCAAAUAAAGAUUUAAAAAGAAAGA